UUUACACAAAGCAUGGUAAUAAUGUUUGGUCCACUUUUUCAACAGUCCCACAGACCAGCCGGCCAGACAGGCCUCAGACAAGUCAGGAUGAGGCAGGGAUUGCAGGUUCUGCUUCUGGAAGCCGACCUCCUGUAAGGCACCCAUCACAGGGCUCGGGCCACUUACCCAGGAGGCCAAGUAAGACACGGCGUCUUGGCACGGAAUCUGCGGCUCCAUCAUCCCCACCCAGGCGACGCAUUUCGGCAGUGUCACCCCAGCCACCACUGGCACUAUUGGCGAGUUCGCAGAGUGAUGAGCCCCGAUCACCUCAGUUAUCUGAGCCCAGCUUGAUGGCCGACGUGGACCAGCAGGGACAAGACCAACAGGCAACCAUCACACUGCAACUUACACCUGUUGACCCAAGCCAGCCAAUACAGCUGCAGGAUAUCCCCCAAGCCUCCAUCAGUCCACAACUGGCACAAGCUCCGCCCCCAACCCAAAUACCAGAUGACUUUUGGGCCAGUUGGACAAGCCAACAGGCACAAAGCAAUGCCAGCCUGACCGCACAUACACAACACCUUGCCAGUCUGCCCCAUCAUCUACCGCGCAUUAGUCGCAACUCGGGCAGACUGAUUGUACAAGUAGGGCGAAUGGCAACCUCAAUGGAGCAAAUAAGGGCUGACAACAGCCAAAUGCUUGCUCAUUUAACGCGCAUCAUAGAUGAGCAACAGCGCCAUCAGCAGGCACUCGUUCAGCUCAUUCAGCACAACCAGGUUGUGAAUGAGUCCUUAUCCCGGAUUGUAGCCAGCCACACUGCAACCAACACUCAACUGAUUGCAAGCAUUAAUAAUUUGAGCAGCAAUAUUACAUUGAUGGGAGCUCACCAAGUAACCUCCAGCUCGGGGACCACGACCCCUAUCCAAACGCCAGUAACCUCCCCUGUUCGGCGUUCCUCCAGAGCACGUGCCAGUGAGCCAGCACAAAGCACAGCACCCAGCACACACAAGCGGAAAAAAUAACCCCAAUGUGAUUUGCAAAAUAA